AACAGGCUUGACGUUUCCGGAGAAGGUAGGGAGGUUCUAGUUUCCUCGGGAGAUAUCAGAGCGUUGAUGCGCGGAGAGGGAAUUACGUGUAUGUCUCCUGAAAACCAGCGACCAAUUAAUAAUGGCCUAAUAAUCGCCGCCAGUGCUCUUGCUACUGCAGAAGAAAAGCAGCCCGCUGAAUUUUAAGUGACCUCCUGCUCCAGAUACCAAGAUGGGGAAUGGAUUAUCAGAACUCACCUGCCCCCUGUCUUUCCAGCCUCUGCACAUUGUCAUACUUGGAUUGGAUUGCGCUGGCAAAACCACAGUGCUGUAUCGGCUGCGAUUCAAUGAGUUUGUGAACACCGUCCCGACAAAGGGUUUCAACACGGAGAAGAUCAAAGUGUCACUCGGGGAUCACCGGCGGACGACGUCCUUCCACUUUUGGGAUGUAGGAGGUCAAGAGAAACUGCGACCUCUGUGGCGUUCGUACACCCGCUGCGCCGACGGCAUCGUGUUCGUCGUGGACUCUGUGGACGCCGAGCGCAUCGAGGAGGCGAAGACGGAACUGCACAAGAUCACCCGGCUGGCGGAGAAUCAAGGGGUUCCCGUGCUGGUGGUGGCCAAUAAACAGGACUUGAGGAACUCGCUUAGCAUGACUGAGAUGGAGAACAUGUUGGCCCUCGGGGAGCUUAGCGCGGCCACGCCUUGGCACCUGCAGCCGGCUUGCGCUAUCAUCGGCGAGGGCCUGCCGGAAGGCCUUUGCAAACUGCAUGCGAUGAUCACAAAGAGGCGGAAGAUGCUGCGACAACAGAAGAAAAAGAAGAAGAGGAGAUAAUGCGCACAUUGUUGGAAAUGUAAAAUGUGGCAUGCAUGAGAAUUUUUUUUUUUCCGUCAUCCUGUGGUCGGAUCGCUGAGUGGAACGCUUGUUCGGGUCAGUUAGCAUUAAGCUCCGAUCGAGGACAAUCUGAUCAAUUUUGCCCUGUGGAUGAACCUGUCAAAAAAUACGGAUGGAAGUACAGUAUUACCAAACUUUUUUUUUAAUAGGUUUGAGUUAAAAUGUUAUCGAUGGCGAGUGCACUGCCAAUCUCAUGCUGUCAAAACAAUCAAUUUCUGUAUUUUGACGAUAUACCAAAGCUUGUUUUUGGAGAAUACAGAUCGGGACACACUGUAUCGUUUCGCAAUGCAAUCAAAUGUAUAUUUUGUGACUCUGCAGGAAAUGUUGUUCUUAUUGUUGCACAAAGAUUUGUGUCUUUUGGACGUUUACAUGAUGAAGACAGGAAUGCACAAUGUGACACAAUAAGACUCCAAAUAUUUUGACCAGUGUUGUACUGAGAGCCAGAUCUUGAACAUUGUGUCCUUUCGCACAAAAAUACACAACUAAUGUUGUCCUUCUGAUGAGGUUUAUAACUAUGACUGGUGUAUUACUACUACUA